UGUGUUUGUGUUUGAUAUUUGGACGAGCUUAGAGCUUUGAAAGUUUGAAAAAAUAUUUGAAAGUUAUGCGUUAAACAAACGCGUUGUUAAAAGUUCAUUAAUCGUUCGAUUCCUGUAUCUUUCUUCUGUAUAAACUUCGAUCAACGUGUUUCGCCAAGCAGCCAAAUUUCUCGCGAAUUUGAUCAAUAAUCGAACUAGACGGAAAUCGGCCAUCCGAACAGAAUACUCAAUCAGUCCGAUAAGAAUAAAUUAAGAAUGGACUUCAUCAUAUCCAAAUCGUUUUGUUAGCUCUUGCGAUUGAUUCGAAUUAUUCAUUCAAGAUGUGGAAGUUCGUGCAACGUAAUAAAUCACACCAUGUAUCAGCAGAACGCCAGAAACUGCAGAAGGAGCUUUUCUCCUUUCGCAAGACGGUGCAACAUGGAUUCCCGAAUAAACCUACUGCCCUGGCUUGGGAUCCGGAAUUGCGAAUUGCUGCCAUUGGAACAGCAUCAGGAGCUAUUAAAAUAUUUGGGAAAAGCGGUGUGGAAUUUUACGGUCACUACUCAACUGCUGAUCGAAGUGUAACUGAUAUUGCAUUUAUACCGAACGAAGGUAAAUUGGUCUCAUUAUCGGAUUGUAAUUCGUUAAGCUUGUGGGAAAUAAACGACAACGCGGUCGAAGAAGUGAAAUCUUUGGUCAUGGAAGGAAAAUUGAAAACGAUCUCAUCUUUAUACGUGGAGAACUCCAAAGAGAAUGUUCUAGUUGGUACAGAAGAAGGCAACAUUUACUUCAUAUCUUUAUCUUCUUUCACGGUGACUGAAAAAGUUAUCUAUCAAGAUGUCGUGAUCCAAAGCGUCCCUGAGGAACGUUUAAAGAAACAUCCUGGAGCUUUGAAGAAGAAUCCUGGAGCGGUUGAAAUAAUCUUCGAGCAGCCAAAUAAUCCGAAUAAUUUAUUAAUCGGAUAUAGUCGCGGAUUAAUGGUGUUAUGGGAUAAAGAGAAUUCAGUUGCUUUGAAGACGUAUUUGAUGUUGAACAAUCAACAACUAGAAAGCCUGUGUUGGUCACCUGAAGGUAACAAAUUUGUUUCCUCGCAUAACGACGGAAGCUACAUAUACUGGAGCGUCGAUUUGGACGAACCAGAAGAAGAACCGAUUACUGUCUAUGGUCCUUUCCCUUGUAAAGCUAUCACGAAAAUAUUAUGGCGCAAAUCGGCCGAUGAUGACGAAACAAAAUACGUGAUAUUCAGCGGCGGUAUGCCUCGUGCUAGUUACAGCGAUCGUCAUACUGUUACAGUUCAAAAAGGAACCGAUAAACACGUAGUUUUCGAUUUUACUUCCAAAGUAAUCGAUUUCUUCACGACCGAUUCUCGUCUCGAUGGAGCUUGCGAAGCGCUGAUCGUGUUAUUGGAGGAGGAAAUCGUCGCAAUUGAUUUAAAAUCAGAUGACUGGCGAACGAUUUCGUUGCCUUAUUUGGUAUCUUUGCAUUCGAGCGCUGUAACUUAUCUCACGUACGUUUGUGACGUAUCGGCUAAAAUUUGGAACGAUAUUGUAUCCGCUGGAAAGCUACAAUCUCAAGAAACGUCUGCUUUGGAGUGGCCUAUCGACGGAGGUAUUUUGAAAACUAACCCGGACGACGAGAAGAAAUACCGAGAUGUAUUUAUCACCGGUCACGAAGACGGUUCUGUACGAUUUUGGGAUGCUGGAUCAACGGUGCUCUCGUUAAUCUACGUAUUCAAAAGUAAUUUAUACUUUUCCGCUGACGAUGAUUUCUUCGACGAUGAUAUCGCCAAUAAUCAGGCCGAAGAAGAAGAAGAAUGGCCUCCUUUUAAAAAAGUCGGAUGUUUUGAUCCUUACGUUGAUGAUCCUCGAUUCGCGAUCAAGAAAGUGUCGUUUUGCGGUCUUUCCGGAGCUCUGACCGUAGCCGGUACUGCUGGUCAGAUUAUUGUGUGUGAUUUAGUACGAAAUGCCACCUUUGAUGCUGCCAUCGAAAAGAAUGUCAAGAUCUCGACGAUAAACUUAAUCCCGGAGACAGAAAGUUUCGCAGAUAUCAGACAAAACUGGAAAGGUUUCCAAAAGCUGCUGCUGAAAGGCAAAGUCAACAAAGACGAAACAACAUUAUCAUUGCCCAGUGGUUUCCAACCUUCGUGUAUCCUUCAAUUACUCCCUCCCACUCCUAUAACAGCCCUAGCUUUACAUUCUGCAUGGCACCUGAUCGCCGUUGGAACUGCUUAUGGCUUGGCUUUGUACGAUUACAAAACUAAUUCGAAAAUACUCUACAAAUGUACUCUGAACGCGAGCGAUUUUUCGACUCUAAACGAACCACCUAUUUCGAGAACAAAAUCAUUCAAGAAAUCGUUACGUGAAUCAUUCCGUCGUAUUCGUAAAGGACGAGCUUCCGUUCGUCAUAAUGAGACUAAGCAACGUAGCGGUUCAAAAUCGCCUUGCUCUCCGGUCUCACCUGCCGCUGAUUCUAAAAAAUCUGGCAAUGAGCCGUCCUCCAGUAGUCCGUCCGUGAUGAGUCCGAUUGAAGCUAAACCGAUCGAAAGAGCUAUUGAAGCUCGACCAGCCGAUGAUGCCAUUGGUAACAUGGUCAGGUGUUUGUGUUUCGCUCACACCAACAUUGUAAAUGGACAAACAUUAACUCCAAGUUUAUGGGCUGGAACUAAUAACGGAAGUGUGUACAUUUUCACUAUGCUUAUACCUGGUGGCUCUAAGAGAAAGAACGAGAAAGUAUGUGCUCAAUUAGGAAAGGAAAUACAGUUGAAGCACAGAGCUCCGGUGGUAUCUUUAUCGAUCAUCGAUGGCGCCAACAAAGCCCUUCCGGAACCGUUCGAAGUAGAAGAAGGUCUUUGUAAACCAGCAGAUCACUCGUCUCCUCAUCAUGUGGUCAUUGGCUCCGAAGAACAAUUCAAAGUAUUCUCGUUGCCGAAUUUAAAACCCACCUGUAAAUUGAAACUCACCGCUAUGGAGGGAUCUAAAGUCCGACGGAUGAAUUUAGCCGCGUUUAAAUCGUCCAACCAUGUAGAAACAUGUUUGCUUUCGUUGACUAAUCUCGGAGAAUGUAUCGUUCUAAGUUUGCCCGAUUUAAGAAGACUCGUCACAGCAGCUGUGAUCAAACGAGAAGAUAUCAACGGAAUAUCGAGUUUAGCUUUUACAAAAUGGGGAGAAGGAUUGUAUUUACAUUCGAGCAGCGAAAUACAACGUAUCACUCUGUCUGCCAGCCGCAAAACAAUCCCUCGUUGUACGUUGAAAUCGCACAGUAAAAAGAAAGCUCAAUCUUCGCCGAUCAAAGAGAAGCUGAAUUCGACUUUGAACAGUUCUGGUAACCUGAUCAGUGACGGUAUUCCCGAAGAAGAUGAAGAACAAGAGCUCGAAGAAAACAAUCGCGAUAAGAAAAAUUCGUCUUCGCUUUUCGAUAUUAAAAAAUCUGUUACGGAUGAAGAAAACCAAAGCGCUUAUAAUCACGAUAUCAGCGCCAUCACCGUUGACUCGGUCAAAGAUCAUUUGAAUAGUGUUAAUAACGACGAUACUCGAAAUUGCCAUACACCUUGUUCUCAACUACUCGCCGAUAAGAACAUAAAGAAGGAGUUAAAUAACAGUAACGUCAGCAACACUAGUGAAACCAACGUAUCCGCAUCUUCUUCCGAUACUACUCUCGAAAAUUCAAUCGCUAACGUCUCCAUAACCGAGAACAGAGUCGAAGUUAGCGUUUAGUUGGAAUAAACGAUAUGCUAAGAAGCAGCUAACAACAUCGAAUUAACCGAUUAUUGUAGGUUUAUCGAAAGUAUUAUUUAUUAUUAUUUAAAAAGAAUAUUAGCAAGGUUUGCUAAAACUAUAUUACGUUAACAAAGCGUUGAGUACGAAUGUCUUUUCCUCAAAGACGAGCCUUAUAAAUGUGAUAUUAAUGUGUAUAAAAAUAUCCUUAUAUCGAUUCAGAAAUUAUUACUAUACAGUAAUUUACUUAUUUUUAACAUUUUUUUAAAUGUAUUGUUACGUAUUUAAAAGCUCGAAGCAUGAGUUAACUUAUGAUAGCGAAUAGGAAUAUUAAUAUUACGUGUUUUCCCCGUGAUAUUUUGCAAAAAUUGAAACGAAAUUGACUUCUAAAACCGUUGAUCAUUUUAAUGAGACGCCAUUUGCAAUUUGGAACAUUUUCGUGAUUAAUUUCAUGGUUUGUUUACAAUUUGUUGGAAAUUUUAUUCCGAAAGAUUCUAAAUAUCGCUAAUCCGUUUAAUUAUUCGUUCAAAUUAGCUAAAUUUGCGUUAAAUUAAUCAAUCAGUACAAAAAAAAUCUUCCUGAUAUCCAUUCGACUUUGCACCUCACCACCAAAAAAGGUUCACGAAAUGUUCAAUUGAGCUUCUCCAUAACAUGUAAACAAAAUGGAGGGUUCAUUGUUCGAACUCCAGUAAACAACUUCAACUGUUGCUUUUUUAUUUUUAGUAGAAAAUGAAACCGAAGUCCGAAAUUGUGAAAGUUUCGAUUAUAUCGCGAUUUCUGAAAUUAUAUUAAAAGGUUUUAGUUCGGGAAGGUGUAUUUGAUCGUGUUAAGCUAAUUUUCGGUAACAAAAUGUGUUCGGUAACGAGUAAAGUGAAACUUCGGUGUUAUCCUUCGAGAUCCUUUAGUAAUCUGAAUGAAACCGGUAUCUGUAUUCUGUAUUCCUGUUGGUAAGGUAAGAUUGUAAUAAUCUCUAAUUAUUUAUAAUACUUUCGGUGUCAAACUCGUUGAAAACAAUCAUCAACCUCGAUGUAAUUCAUACUCCUGUAAUGGAAUUCUAUCAUUCGUUCGUAAGACCGGUACCGGUACAUCCUUUCAACGAUGGCAGGAUUCGAUUCAUCGAAAACUUUUACGUAUUUUGUGGUAUUUUGUUAUUCUAAUUUACACAUUUAUUUACAUUUAUUAUUACGGAAUAAUUGGUUCAUUUUGUACAAUUAUCGUAUGCCUCGAAGAGUGCAUUAUUGGUUGAAUUUGAUGAAGUAUAUUUACGUAGUUCCUGGAAGCUAGUUCCAAUCGAGUACUUAUCUAUGGUGUGUUUAAUUUGAAUUUGAUUAAUUAAUUAAGAGCAAAGUUAUUAUUUUUACUAGUGUAUUGUGAAGAAAACAGAUACACUGUUUUGUUUGUUGCACUAUUGAAAGAGUUGAAAGAGUUUUGUACGUGUUGCACUAUUAUGCUUUGAUUUUUGUCACCGGUUUCAAUUGUAUUUUCGAUUUCGAUUCGGUAGUCAAGAUAUUUUCUGUUCUGAUGAAAACGUAUUGUGUUCGUAAGAGGGUUCUUUUUACAUAUAUACGUAAAUUCUGAUUUGCUAUUUUUGAUAAUAUUUUCCAUGUCGCCUUUUUCUAUUUACUAGUUUUCGGAACGAUGUUACGAAAGGGUUUAUACAUAUUUUAAAUCUUAUACUUUUCUUUCCAGUUUUUAGUGUUACUAGUGUAUUUUUCUAUACAUAUUCGUCUCAGUAUUACUAAUCAGUGUUGGUGUGAGUCAAGAGUGGUUUAAUUUAGAAGUAUAAAGUUAUGCCAAUGAAGUGUUUGGAUUUUACACCGAAUGAUUUUGGUUUGGUGGAAAGUGAACAGAUUGUGUUAUUGUGUGUGGUGUGUUGUGUUACUUUUAAUUAUUACGACUUACGAAGGCAUUUAGAAUUCAUAUUAUGUUGAAAAGUGAAUAUUUAUUUGAAGUGCCAACGCUUACGUUAAACAUACUUAAAGGUAAGAUGAAAACUGAAUGAUGUUCUUCGAUAUAAAUGUUUAUUUAUUGUACAGCAAACCACAGAGUCUAAUUUUUUUAACAAUUUUUAUAUUUUAAUUUUUCACGCUGCAUUUUUUUUGUAUUUGGAUGUUUUAUUUAAUAAAAUAUUAUCAUUUGUUAAA